GCUGAGAUCAGAAACCCUAAACCCCGCCGAUUCUUCCUGGUCUCCGUCUCUUCCGAUGGCCUUCUUCCUCUUCGCCUCGCGCCGCCACUUGUCCCUCUUCUGCCAUCUCCGUCGCGGCCUCUCCACAGCUGAGAAUGCAUCGGGUUCCGCUGGAAUAUCCGCCGCCGUCGCCAAGUUUCGCCUCCAGAAGGAAUUCGACCCCGACCGCGCUGUCUCCAUUCUGUCCGCCAUCGACGCCAAAUCCUCCUCGGUAACCACCUCUCGCUACGCCUUGGAGCUCGCCGUCCGCCGGCUCGCACGCACCCGCCGCUUCUCUGACGUCGAAGCCCUUAUCGAAUCCCGCAAGUCCGAGGCUACCUCCCUCACGGAGCCUUACGUCGCUUCUUUAAUCCUCUCCUACGGAACCACCGGCAUGCUCGACCACGCCAUGCGCACCUUUGACGAGGUGCCGACGCUCACUUCUGCUCCCCGUUCGGUUCUGUCCUUCAACGCGCUCCUCUCGGCCUUCAUUCGCGCAAAGAAGCCAUUUCGAGUGAUAAAUCUUUUCUCCGAGCUUUUGGAGGAGCACUCCAUCACGCCCGAUUGCUUCUCCUAUGGCAUCCUCAUUAAAUCUCUCUGCCUCACCGGCAAGGUCACCAAGGCCUUGGAGACGUUGCAAGAGAUGGUGGAGGUGAAGCAACUCGAGCCGACACUCAUCAUCUACACCACACUUAUCGAUUCUCUGUACAAGACAGGGAAGCAGGAGGAGGCGGAGGAGAUGUGGAAGAAGAUGAUUGAGAAGGGUUGUGUGCCUGAUCAUGCUGCUUACAAUGUGAGAGUUAUGCAUAGAGCGCUAAACGGGAAGCCAGAGGAAGUCCUUGAGCUGAUUAAGGAGAUGGAGGCUGCCGGCCUCGGCCCCGAUCGCAUCACCUAUACUUAUCUCAUUACCUGCCACUUCAACGCAGGUCAACACGAAGAUGCCAUACAGGUAUACAGGGGACUAAGGAAGAAAGGUCCAAGACCGAAUGCGAAGAUGUUUAAGAUUUUGCUCACACAUUUGUGCGAGCAUGAGGAUUUCGACACUGGGUUUGCAGUGUUCAAAGAUAGCUUGAGGUUUAAUAAAGUCCCGGACUUUGAGACAGUGAAGCUCUUGGUGAGUGGUCUGGUUAAGGUAGACAAGGUGCAGGCAGCCAAGGAAGUAAUCGAUAAGGUGAAGAAGCGUUUCCCUGAAAAUUUGGUUCAGGGAUGGAAGAAGGUGGAACAGGAGCUUGGAUUGAAUGAAGAAGCAGAUGCUGCUUAACAAUCCUUUGUCAGAUGGUGCUGUUGGUUAUUGGGUUCCAUGGAGUUUGUCCAUUGAAGUAUUCUGUGCCAAGGAUAGACAUAGAAUCGAGCAUGGAAACUGCCUUCGAGUCUUUCAUUUUCAUCAGACUUAGAUUUGCUUUAAUAGAUUAUGUUGGUCUAUUAGACCAGAUGCGCUAAACUGUACCUUGGUCUAUCAAUAGAUUAUGUUGCUUUAAUUUGAAGCAGCAUAGAGGUGGACUUGUUUGUUUAAUCACUUGUUUUUACGUGUACUCAAUUUUUGAUGUAGAUGUUCUUA